CUUGAUCAGGAGUACUUGUCUCUGCCCUCCAGGGAAGACUACAUCACCAACACUUCCUCCGCGCGGGCGUAUCGUGAAGCCUUGUUGAGUUUCAUGGUGGAUACAGCAGUUAUGCUGGGCGCUCAGGAGAAAGCAGCACUGACCCAGAUGGAAGAGGCUCUUGCCUUCGAGACCAAACUGGCUUAUAUCCUGAUUCCAUAUGAUAACCGCAACAGUGACAACAUGUACAACAAAAUGUCGCUCUCUCGCCUGCAGCGCACCAUACCACAGUUUGAUUGGCUGGGUUUUGUAAAAGCUGUGGUGGACUCUAAAGUUGAACCGUUUCGGUCCAUCUCCACCUCUGAGCCUGUCAUCGUCCGAGCACCGCAGUACUUUAGGGACCUUGUUAAGCUCAUCAACAGUACAGAUCCUAGGAUUGUAGCUAACUACGUACAAUGGAGGACAGUUUUUUCCAGCAUCUCCUCCCUUAGCCGUCGUUUCCUUUACAGAUACCAGGACUAUGCACGGGUUACCAAGGGAACCACCUCUCUGACCCCGCGCUGGGAUAAGUGUGUUAACUUUGUCGAUAAAACGCUUGGUUAUGCUACUGGACGCCUCUUUGUCAACAGACAUUUCCAGGAAGACAAGAAACACAUGAUGGAAGAGUUGAUCGAUGGCAUUCGCUGGGCGUUCAUUGACAUGCUGGAAAAUGAGAAUGACUGGAUGGAUAAACCAACCAAGAUGAAAGCAAUAGAAAAGGCACAUGCAGUCCUGGCUAAAGUUGGCUACCCUGAGUUUAUUCUGAACGACACCUUCCUCAAUGAGGACCUAAAGCAGCUGAAAUACAGUGAGAAAGACUUCUAUGGGAAUGUGAUGCAGACGUUGAAGUACUUUGUCCAAUCUGAUCUGGCCUUGCUCCGAAAGGCCGUCCCACGAAAAGAGUGGUUUACAAACCCAACAACUGUGAACGCCUUCUACAGUUCCUCCACGAAUCAAAUCAGAUUUCCUGCUGGAGAGCUUCAAAAACCCUUCUUUUGGGGUAGAGAGUAUCCAAGAUCUUUAAGCUACGGUGCCAUCGGGGUGAUAGUAGGACAUGAGUUAACACACGGCUUUGACAAUAACGGUCGCAAGUAUGACAAAAAUGGCAACCUUCACCAGUGGUGGAGCAACUCGUCUAUAGACGCCUUCAAUGAGCAGAGCCAGUGUAUGAUUGACCAGUAUAAUGCCUACCAUUGGAAGGAGGCAGGACUUGAUGUGCGGGGCAAGAGGACUCUGUCAGAAAACAUAGCAGACAAUGGAGGAAUGAGGGAGUCUUUUAGGACAUUCUGA